UCACGAUCGCGACUAUUAUUGACGUCGGGCGUCAUUCUCUCGCUUAUUACGAUAACCUUCCUCUCAACAUCUUCAACUCUUAGGCCAUAGUAUCGUAUCAUCUGACGUGCUAUGGACAAGGCUGUCUCAUAAACCACCCACACAAACGCGAAUUUCAACACUCGAUUCGAUAGCCUUAACUCAACUUCCUUUUUAACAGCACCCAAAUAUAUUCACGAUGGUCGAUAUGGGAGGACGUCCAAGUGGCCCUUUGUCUGGGCCUACCGUCCUGCUCUUCGGCCCCCUUGCCUUAUCUUUCGACGAGGCUGCCUUCGCCCAAGUUCGAAAGAACGUCGUUGAGAAUGAGGACUCCCACUGGGUCAUCGACACUGUUGCCGAAUUCCCACAGAUCUGGAAAUCCCUUACGACUGCUAUUCCGAGCCUGAAGACAGCAUCAGGUCUUAAGCAAUUGGAGGACUUGAGCGAUGCCUUCCGAACGGGACGACCACUCGAGACCUCGUUUCCCCUCCCGAACAAGCUUCUCAUCCCACUAGUGAUUGUCUCUCACCUUAGUCAAUAUGCCACCUUCUUGCGUAAUAGCACCGAGGGAGAACAUAUUGACCCGUUCACCACGUCUAAGAUAGACAGAGAGACUCUUGGUCUUUGUACCGGACUCCUGAGUGCAUUUGCUGUUUCUAGCUCUGGAAAUAGUGAGCAGUUCAAGAAGUACGCUGCGGUCGCUGUGCGAUUAGCUUUGCUAAUCGGUACCGUCGUCGAUGCCCAAGACGAAGCUACCGAGCCGUCCAAGUCUCUGAGUGCUGCAUGGAACUCUGCUGGAAGUGGAGAGGAACUAAAGAGUAUUGUGAAGAGCUUCCCUGAUACAUAUGUUUCCGUCAACUAUGACGACAACCGUGCCACAAUCACAACUAAGGCUUCAACUAUCUCUAAGCUACUGUUACAGCUUAGAGGUGCUGGUCUCAUCGCCUCAGAGGUCGGCCUCUAUGGUCGCUUCCAUGCUAGCAUCAACCUCGAGAAGCUCGCACUUCUCCUUGAGUUUGUUAAUGCACACGCCGAAUUCCAAUUCCCGAACGCCUCAUCGGGAUUGGCAGUGCCUACCCGUUCGAACCGGGGUGGUGAUCUCAUUACGCACGGGCCGCUGCACCAGCACGCGCUGCAGUCCAUCCUUGCGGAACCGCCACAGUGGUUCCAAACUGUCUCCGUCGUACGUGAUACAACCCUCAAGAGCAAAGAUUCGUGUAUCUUAUCAUUCGGUCCCGAGCGUGCCGUCCCGCCAUCCCUUCUACGCGGCCUCAACCCGCAGGUUAUCCACGUCGCCGACCUAGAUAACACAUCUUCCCGUUUCGAGUCUUUCUCUCAGAAGGACCUACGCACUUUCUCUGACAAUGAUGUCGCUGUCGUCGGCAUGUCCAUCAAGGUGGCUGGCGCCGAGACCUUGGAUGACUUCUGGGAUCUCCUUGUCGCUGCGAAGUCUCAGCACAAGGAAGUGCCCAAGGAGCGAUUCACUUUCGAGACUGCCUUCCGCGAUGUUGAGCCUAAGCGAAAGUGGUUCGGAAAUUUCAUCGAGAACUAUGACAAGUUUGACCACAAGUUCUUCAAGAAGAGCCCCCGCGAGAGCUCCACGAUGGACCCUCAGCAGCGCAAUUUCCUCCAAUGUGCUUACCAAGCUGUAGAGCAAUCAGGCUACUUCCAAGCUAGCGAGCCUGACAACCGCAUUGGCUGCUUCGUUGGUGUCUGCUCUCGUGAUUAUGACUGCAAUAUUGCUUGCCAUGCUGCCAAUGCUUUUAGCGCCACUGGUAACUUGCAGAGCUUUAUCUCUGGCAAGGUUAGUCACUACUUCGGCUGGACCGGUCCUGGUUUGACAAUCGACACUGCCUGUUCCUCCUCUGCUGUCGCCAUCCACCAAGCUUGCCGAGCAAUCAUCACCGGCGAAUGCACAGGUGCUCUUGCUGGUGGCACCAACGUUGUGACAAACCCUCUGUGGUUCCAGAAUUUGGCGGGUGCCUCUUUCUUGAGCACCACUGGGCAAUGCAAGCCAUUUGAUGCCAAGGCCGAUGGCUACUGUAGGGGUGAAGGUGUUGCGGCAGUGUUUUUGAAGAAGCUGUCCGUUGCCGUGGCAGACGGUGACCAGAUCCUCGGUGUUGUCGCUGCAACAGGUGUGCAACAGAAUGAGAACUGCACUCCUAUCUUCGUCCCUAAUGCACCUUCUCUUUCCGACCUUUUCCGUGGUGUUACCAAGCAAGCCCGUCUUAAGCCUUCUCAGAUUUCAGUUGUUGAGGCUCACGGCACCGGCACUGGGGUCGGAGACCCGGCUGAGUACAAUGGUCUCCGACAAGUACUUGGUGGACAAGCCUCUGGGCGGGAGAAGAACCUCCUCCUUGGAUCUGUCAAGGGUCUCGUCGGCCACACUGAGGCAACAUCGGGUAUUGUCUCGAUGGUUAAAGUCAUGCUCAUGAUUCAGAAGGGAAUGGUCCCACCUCAGCCCAGCCACACCCAAAUCAACCCUGCAAUUGGGGCGACUCCUGCCGAUAAGAUGACUAUCCCAACCAGCUUGCAUACAUGGGAUGAUGAUUUCCGGGCUGCACUAAUCAACAACUACGGCGCUUCAGGUUCCAAUGCUUCAAUGAUCAUUACGCAGGCGCCAUUUGCUAAGGCGAUCAAGGAAGCCUCCGAGGUCCCUGCUGGUGGAAAGUACCCCUUCUGGCUUGCAGGUCUCGAUGACCAGAGUCUUCGCCGAUAUGCGAAGGUCUUCCGCAAGUUCCUUAACAACAAGAGCUAUUCGGCUACUGACCUCUCUUUGCCUAAUGUCUCCUUCAAUCUAGCCCGCCAGAGCAACCGAUCGCUUGAAAAGGCGGUCUUAUUCAGCGCACGCUCAGUAGAGGAGCUUGACCAGAAACUAGCUUCUCUCGAGAAGGGUGAUGCUAGCGUAGCGCCCAUUGCUCGUCCUGAAUCUAAGCCCGUUGUGCUAUGCUUCGGUGGCCAAGUGUCUACCUUCGUAGGCCUAGAUCAAGGUCUAUAUCAGAGGGUAGCUGUUCUGCGAAAGCACUUAAACAACGUCGAUGCCGCUCUUCGUUCGUUUGGUGCUGAAAGUAUCUUCCCUGGUAUUUUCGAGAGCACGCCAGCUAAAGAUACCGUUCAUUUGCAGACCAUGCUAUUUGCUAUCCAAUAUGCUACAGCGCGUAGCUGGAUUGACUCUGGAAUCAAGCCUGCAGCGGUUGUUGGUCACAGCUUUGGUGAAUUAACCGCACUUGCUGUUUCGCAAGUUCUUUCAUUGGAAGACGCCGUGAAGUUGGUAAUCAACCGUGCGACUCUUGUCCGUGACGCCUGGGGCAGUGAGAAGGGCUCUAUGAUGGCCGUGGAGGCUGACUUGGCUGAGGUUGAGAAACUACUCGCUGAGUCGAACCGAAAGGUUCCAAAUGAGAAGCCCGCUAGCAUCGCAUGCUACAACGGACCGCGCAGCUUCACCCUGGCUGGCUCCACCGCCGCAAUUGAUGCGGUCGCCGCCACCAUCCCAUCAACCCUCAGGUCUAAGAGACUGAAUGUGACCAACUCAUUCCACUGCGCCCUUGUUGAUCCUCUUGUUGAGGCAUUGGAGCUAGUCGGAAAAAUGCUCACAUUCCGCAAGCCUACUAUUCCCAUUGAGAGGGCAUCGGAGUUCCCCACACAAGAGAGACAUACCGCCAAGUUCAUUGCCGAACACAUGCGCUCUCCAGUUUACUUCAACCAUGCCGUGCAGCGAUUAGCUAAGCAGUACCCAUCGGCUGUCUUCCUAGAAGCUGGCUCCAAUUCCACUAUCACCGUUAUGGCCGGUCGUGCCCUAGGAAGCCCCAGUGGCUCUCACUUCCAGGCCAUUAACAUCACCAAUACCGACAAGGCAUGGGAUAACCUCGUUGAUGCUACAAUCAACUUGUGGAAGGCUGGUACCGCCGUGCAGCACUGGGCCCACCAAGCUUCCCAGACCAAGGAGCAUUCUCCCCUCCUCCUGCCUCCUUACCAAUUCGAACUUGCUAGCCACUGGAUUGACUUCAAGGUGCCUCCUAAGGUUGCAGCGCUUCCUCCGGCACAAAAGACUGAACCGGAAGCAGAGAGGAUACCGGAGGGCCUCCUGACUUUCGUUGGCUACCAAGACAGUAAGAAGCAUGUCGCUAAGUUCAGAAUCAACACUAUGAUUCCUAAGUACGAGAAACUUAUUGUGGGCCACGUCAUCGCGCAAACCGCAUCUAUUUGCCCGGCAACGGUACAGCUCGACCUUGUUAUUGAGGCUAUUCGUGGUAUCCGACCAGACCUCGCGGCUGCCAAGCUUGAGCCACAGGUACACGUCGUAGAGAAUCAGUCGCCAAUUUGUGUCAAUCCGUCGCGAGGUGUCUGGAUCGAGGUAACGGAAGAUUCCACUGGAAAGACUCCCUCUUGGAACUUCCAGGUGUUCAGCACCGACAUGCCUCAGGGGACUGCUAAGACCCUCCACACCACGGGCAAGGUUGUUUUCUGUUCGACCGAAGAUUUGACAAUGAAGCUCGAAUUCGCCCGUCUUGAGCGACUCGUUGGCCACUCUCGCUGCGUCGAACUUCUGCAGAGCGGUGAUGUUGACGAAAUCCUCUCUAACAGGAACAUUUAUAAGAUCUUCUCCGAGGUUGUAGACUAUGGUGAGGAUUACCGUGGUCUCAAGAAGCUUGUUGGCUGUGGAAACCAGUCUGCUGGUCACGUUGUAAAGAAAUACAACCCCGACACUUGGCUCGAUGCACACUUGGCUGACAGCUUCUGCCAAGUCGGUGGCAUUUAUGUCAACUGCAUGACAGACCGAUCCCCCUCUGACAUGUACAUCGCCAACGGUAUUGAGCAGUGGAUCCGUUCUCCUAAGCUCCGCCCUAGCGAUGCUCGACCAGACAGCUUCCACGUGCUUGCGACACAUCACCCAUCAGACAAGCAAUACCUCACCGACGUCUUCGUCUUCCACCCUGAGACUGGCGCCUUGCUAGAAGCCAUCCUUGGAAUUAGCUACGUCAAGAUCCCCAAGGCGUCUAUGAGCAAGUUGCUCACGCGUCUCACUGUCGGAGGUGCCACUAUUGCUUCACCGUCUGAACCCGCGAAGGUCACCUUAUUCGAGGCAGCUCCCACUCAGAUUGUGCCACCGCAACCGGCCCAUGUUAAAGAACAAAAAGCACCAAAAGCACCUAAGGCACCCAAGCAACCUAAGGCGGCCAAGCCUAAGUCGACCGUAGCUCCCAAGGUCAAGGAGAUCCUAGUUGAACUUUCGGGCCUUGAAUUGGACGAGAUUAAGGACGACAGCAUGUUAGCUGAUCUCGGUAUCGACUCCUUAAUGGGCAUGGAGAUGGCUCACGAAAUUGAGGCGGCGUUCAAGAUCACACUGCCCGAGAGUGAACUCAUGGAGGUCAUUGACAUGCCCACCCUGAUGGCAUGCGUGCAGAGAGCUGUAGGCGGAGAUGCCACUAGUGCUGAUGAGGUCAGCGAAGAGAGCGAGGUUGAUAUUUCGAGCGACAGCGAUUCCAGAUCGUAUAGCCCCAGUGAAUCUUCUUCAGGUCACCCAAGUGGUCUAACCACUCCUCUGGUCGACUACGAAAAGGACCCGUAUGACGCACUUAGCGACUGCGACGAAGAGCUGAAGCUUCCUUUUGCUACUGUCAUGGAGGCUUUCAACGAGACAAAGGCUCUUACAGAUGACAAGAUUCUCGAAUAUGGCCAGGAGAACUACUUCGAAACUGUCAUGCCAUUGCAGACGGAUAUGUGUGUUGCCCUCACCCUCGAAGCUUUCGAGGAGCUUGGACACCGAUUCCGUGACGCAAGACCUGGUGACAAAUUCUCCCGGAUUUCUCACCCCAAAGAACACAGCCGCUUGGUAGAUUACCUAUACCAGAUGCUCGAGAAAGAAUCUCAUAUCAUCAACGUCAACGGUGAUACUAUCACCCGUACAGCCGUAGCAGCCCCGACAAGAUCAAGCAAGGAGAUUCUUCAGGACUUACUAGCACGGUUCCCAGACCAGACCACAGCCGACAAACUUACCUUCUACACCGGAUCUAACCUCGCUGAGGUCUUGAAGGGAACAACAGACGGAAUCAAAUUAAUCUUCGGGACUCCCGAGGGACGUGAGCUCGUCUCUGGUUUAUACGCCGAGUGGCCCAUUAACCGACUCUUCUACAAGCAAAUGGAGGACUUCCUCGCAAGACUCGUCUCUAAACUUGAUAUGAGUGAGGGCCCACUAAAGAUCCUCGAGAUGGGUGCUGGAACUGGAGGCACAACUAGGUGGCUCGUUCCCCUACUUGCCUCUCUGAACGUGCCGGUUGAGUACACCUUUACCGAUCUUGCACCAUCAUUCGUGGCCCUUGCGCGCAAGAAGUUCAAGACGUACCCAUUCAUGAAGUUCAGGACCCACGAUAUCGAGAAGGCACCGGCUGAUGAGUUAAUUGGAACUCAACAUAUCGUUGUUGCUAGCAAUGCCGUCCACGCCACGCACUCUCUGCGGGUAUCUGGCUCGAACAUUCGCAAGGCCCUACGCCCUGAUGGAUUCCUCAUGAUGCUUGAAAUGACUGGUACACUGUACUGGGUCGACAUGAUUUUCGGAUUGUUCGAGGGUUGGUGGUUCUUUGACGAUGGACGUACUCACGCCGUCACACACGAGCUUAGAUGGGAGAAGGAACUACAAGCAGUCGGCUACGGACACGUCAAUUGGACAGACGGUGCCCGACCGGAGAACAAGUGCGAGAAGCUGAUCAUCGCGAUGGCCUCGGGUGAGAGGUACGAACGACUCCAAAUUCCCUCCUCCUCUCUACCUGUUAAGAGUCUAUCCGCUGACCUCGAGGCACGACAAAUAGUCGUCGAUAAGUACGUCCGAAACCUGACCGAAGGCUUCUCCGCUGGCCUCGAAAACGCGUCACAAUACGGCCUUCCAAAUGCAAACCCGUAUGGGAAAACAAUCUUAGUCACUGGUGCCACCGGUAGCCUGGGAUCGCACCUCAUAGCCCAAUUCGCAGAAUUGCCGGACGUCACCCGUGUCGUAUGCCUCAAUAGACGUAGCCGAACCGACCCCAAGGAACGUCAGAACCAAGCUCUUACCAAGAAAGGCAUUUUCUUGUCCGCAGAAGCAACCGAAAAACUAGAUGUCUUCGAAACCGAUAUGUCGAAGGCCAACCUCGGCCUACCCGUCGAGGACUACGAAAACCUUGUUAAUAACGUAACCCACAUUGUCCACAACGCAUGGCUUAUGAACGCGAAGUGGCCGCUUCGCAAUUUCGAAUCACAAUUCCAAAUAAUGAAAAAUCUCCUUAAUCUUUCUCGCGAAAUUUCCAUCCGACGUGCCCCGGGCACCAAGGUUACCUUCCAAUUCAUUUCAUCUAUCGCCACGGUGGGUCACCGGCCAAUCUGGUCAGGCGAGCCGAUAGUACCAGAGGAACGGAUGACGAUCGAGUCCGUCCUGCCUACCGGAUACGGCGAUGCUAAAUAUAUCUGCGAGCUUAUGCUCGACGAGACGCUACACAAGCACCCGGACCGUUUCCGUGCCAUGGUCGUCCGUCCUGGACAAAUAGCAGGUUCUAGCACCAGUGGGUACUGGAAUCCUAUGGAACACCUUUCCUUUUUAAUUAAAUCGUCUCAAACAUUGAAGGCGUUGCCCGACUUUGACGGGCUUCUCUCUUGGACGCCGGUUGACGAGGUUGCCGGCACGCUUGUCGACCUCGUCUUCCUCUCCGAAGAUAAGACACAUUAUCCUAUUUACCACGUCGACAACCCGAUUCGGCAGCCGUGGAAAGAGAUGAUCCCGGUAUUAGCCGACGCGUUAGACAUUUCGCCAGACGGCGUUAUUCCAUUCGAAGAUUGGGUGCAACGUGUUCGGGAUCACCCUAGACAGGUCGAGGGACCCGAGGGCGAGAACCCGGCUUUCUUGUUGAUUGAUUUCCUUGAUGAUAACUUCAUUCGCAUGUCGUGCGGCGGUCUUUUACUUGAUACCAUCAAGGUCCGAGAACACUCGAAGACCUUGGCAAAUGCUGGUCCCGUAAAUGAGAAGGUGACCAAGCAGUUUAUCCAGAGUUGGAAAGAUAUGGGGUUCUUGAGUCGAUGACAUUGUCUCCGUCUCUUAUGUUUGGCUUGGCUGGUUCUCUGCGGGGUUGGCACUGUACUUUGUUGUUAUAUAACCUUCAU